UUUGCACAGAACAUUGAGAAAGAGGAACAACUGCAGCAUUUUUCAUGUGGCCUUUCAACAAGUUGAAACACUGAACGAUAAAGUGUGGAGGUGCUGCUUUUGAUUAAAAAAACUCACCAUUAUUAUGGAAAUCCCUGCAAUAAACUUAAAGGCGAUAGUGCUGGCACACUGGUUGCUCACUGUGUGGGGCAGCAUGAGCUACCUUCCCUCAUCUUAUGCAUGGGGGAACUUCAGUGUUUUAGCAGUUGGAGUGUGGGCGAUUGCACAGAGGGACUCCAUUGAUGCUGUUCUCAUGUUUCUUAUGGGAAUGGCUGUCACCAUACUGAUCGACAUUGUCCAUUUUGGGAUCAUUUAUCCACGGUAUCCACUUGUGGCCGCAGCGAGCUUUUCCGCAGGCAUGGCUAUCCUCAACCUGCUGCUUAAACCUGUUUCUUGUUUCUUUGUCUACCAAAUGUACCGUGAACGAGGAGGAGAUUACAACAUCAACUUUGGUUUUCCUUCUGUAUCCCGAAACAGAGAUGCCUAUCAGUCCAUCGACCAGCAGGAUGAAUCUUCAAGUCCAACAAAUUCCUUCAACCAGGCUAAAGACACCAAACCAGGAGUCCGCACUUACUGAGAAAAGUACAUAAUUAAAAAUGUAGUCUGUUUUUGUUUCUCACUUUUUAUAUGCAGAGUUGUAAAGUCCUUUAAAAUCAAUUUAAAAUAGCAUUGCAGGGUCACUCAGCUAAGCCAAUUGAAAUAAUCUGGGUUGUAUAGUGAAAUAUGCCAGUUACAUUUUAAGUUGAGGUUCUGAAAGAUUUCUGCUUCAGUGCCAUAGAAGAAUAUAAUCAGAUGACAAGCCAUGGUUUACAGUAAUGCCUAGAAGCAGGUCUCUGAUUCUUUUAGCAGAGCAGUGUUGGAUAAAUAAGUAAGUUUUUGACCUGCAGUCAAAACUUUUCUGAAGCUUGAAAACAUGUUAAAAACAAAAAUAUAUAGUUUUACAGACACUUUUUUGGCUUUUUUUAAAAAAAAAUGUACAUUCAAGACUUGAUACCAAUACUGAAUUGAAAUAAGUUUUCAUAUAGAUGAGUAAGAUAUUAGUAUAUUCACAGAUGAGUACAGUUUUGUGUAUGUUUAGUUAAUAAGAAAACACACCAUUAUGUCUACUGUAAAAAUGACAAAAUAUCGUUGGUAUGAUGGUUCUAACACAAUUAUUCAUUUUAAACACCAAGCUGACUCGGUAACAGUCUCGUUGAUCUUUCAUUUAUUCCCUUAAAAGUGAAGGGUUUCUAACCUGCUUUCAAAAUACUGUCAUGAAACGGCGCUUCAUCUUAGAAUACCAAUUACUUGCAGACCACAUACUGUGGAGUAUCUCAUACAUCCUGAUGGGUUAUGUGAAUUUCCCCACAAAUAAUAAAUGCUGUCAUAUAGA